AUGUCUAAGAUGAAUAACUCUACACCAAGACCCUUUCAAUUCGUCCUCACUGGCAUCCCAGGAUUUGAGGCUUACCACAUCUGGAUCUCCAUCCCUUUCUGCUGUCUCUACACCAUCUCCAUCGUGGGCAACACCACUAUUCCUUCUGUGAUCCACAGAGAACCAUCCCUCCACCAGCCCAUGUACCUAUUUCUUUUUAUGUUGGCCUUAACAGACUUGGGUCUUACCCUCUCUACCCUGCCCACAGUUAUGCAGCUUCUCUGGUUCAAUAUUCAAACAAUCACUUUUGAAGCUUGCUUUGCACAGUUAUUUCUUAUUCAUACAUUCUCUUUCAUGGAAUCCUCUGUCCUGCUGGCCAUGUCUUUUGACCGCUAUGUGGCUAUCUGCCGACCCUUGCAUUAUGCUACCAUCCUCACCAACAAAGUCAUCAGCAGAAUUGGAAUGGCCAUUGUUUUCCGCUGUGUUCUGGCUGUUCUUCCCUCUCUUUUUUUACUAAAGCGUUUGCCCUUUUGUCGUUCCCACCUUCUUUCUCAUUCCUACUGUCUCCACCAGGAUAUGCUUCGUCUAGUCUGUGCUGACAUUCGGGUCAACAGCUGGUAUGGGUUUGCUCUAGUUUUACUUAUUAUUGUAAUGGACCCUCUACUCAUUGUGUUUUCUUAUGCAAUGAUUCUGAAAAGUAUAUUGGGCACAUCCACCAAGACUGAGAAACUCCGAGCCUUCAAUAACUGUUUGUCCCACAUUCUGGCUGUUCUUGUUCUUUAUAUUCCCAUGGUUGGUGUAUCUAUGACUCAUCGAUUUGCCAAGCAUGCCUCUCCUUUGCUCCAUGUUAUCAUGGCUAAUGUCUAUAUGUUGGCACCACCUGUAAUGAACCCCAUCAUUUAUAGUGUGAAAACUAAGCAGAUUCGUCAGGGACUCCUUCAUCUUUUUAUCCGGAGGAGAGUACACUAA